AUGUUGAAAUCUCCCGUGGUGGCGGUUGUGGUGAUUGUUACCAGCAAGGAAACAGUGAAUUCAAGAGAUGCCAAAUUCAACCACUCACCAGCUCUCAUAUACUUUGUAGCAGCACUCUCAGUUGCGGGGUUGUACAGCAUCAUCACCACACUCUUGUCAUUUUAUACUCUCCUCAAACCUGGCUUCUGCCCACAACUCUUAUCUCAUUUCCUCAUUGUUGAUGUUCUACUGCUAGGAAUUGUUAGCGCAGCAACUGGAUCGGCAGGUGCGAUUGCUUACACCGGUUUGAAGGGAAAUUCUCAUCUGGGAUGGGGUAAAGUUUGCAAUGUUUAUGACAAGUUUUGUACAUAUGUCGGAGCUUCCGUUGCUGUCUCGCUCUUUGCCUCGGUUGUGCUUGCUCUCCUCAUUCUCCUUUCUCUCUACUCUAUCUCCAAGAAGAUCCCAAAAUAGUCCAUGUAAAAAAAAAAGACCUAGCAUGUGUGUGUGCGUGCGUGUGUGAAUUGAUGAUCGUGAGUUUGUGUAUAAAUCAGUUUGUGGAAUUGCAUGCUGUCUGUGAAUAUGUAUUUAUAUCUUGCAUGUGCAUAUGUAACAAAGUAGGUUUCCUUGGUCGAGAUUCUCUAUACUAAAAUGUUUCCUUGAAUGACAUCCACAAUCAUCAAAGGUUUGUAAUUA